AUGAAGGCUCGAGAACUUGUGUCAGGCGAUAAGCCUGAGGUGUAUCCUAGCAAUGAGUUUGCUGCAGACUCAAUCGAUGUGCCGGUUGAAUUUCUGGAGGUUCUUUACAAAUCUGAGGGUCAUUUCACGGCGACGCAUCCACGAAGUAUUGUUUGGCAACCUCAGAGGGAUAGGGAGCGGUUUUUGAAGAAUGUAGAUGCUGAGAUUGGCGAUGUUCUUGAGUUGGGGAAGGCAAAGAGUAGUUUGAUGGAUUCUCUGUUUGCUGCUGCUGGGAGGGCACGUUGA